AUGUCCGACCCUUUGAAUGUCAAUUUUGUCAACGAUCCUUCAAACGUCGUGAUGUACUUCAAAGACACUUUCAAACGUGUAAAUCUCGACUAA